AUCACAGACGACCCAUGCCGCCAAGAAGGGGUGGAAGAGGUCAUGGCCUUCUUGAAGAUGAACGUGACCUUCAACAGGUCAUCUUGCCACAACCAGGAGCCCGGAUUCAUCACAUACAGCCAGGCGUUCUACUCCUACUUCACCCCCGUCAUCCUCAUCAUUGGACUCACAGGAAACAUCUUGUCCCUCCGUGUGUUUGUCUCCAGAAAUAUGCGGAAACUCUCUGCCAGCACAUACCUAGCUGCCUUAUCAACGUCGGACAUCAUGGCGCUUGUAUUUUACGUCCUUGUUGAUUGGCUGAGGCGGGGACUUCCGUUUUUCUCGGGUCAUCAUGAACCCGAGUUUUUAGAGACGCAUGGCGUUUGUCAAAUAGCUUUGUAUCUGUCCUACGUUUGUAGAUUUUUGUCGGCAUGGUUCAUCGUUACGUUCACAGUGGAGAGAUACAUCGGCGUAUGUCAUCCGCUGCGGCGGAAGGAUAUUUGCGGAAGUAGAUGUGCACAAAAGGUUAUUGGGAGCCUCGUUGUGAUCAGCAUGUGUCUGAUGAUGUACAAACCGAUUCUGAGUGGGGUUUACACACUGCAACCGACCAAUGUUCAGCGCUGUACGGCUGAUCCUAACCUGAAAUUUGUAUCCUUCACCCUGGACAGUAUCUUCGCAGUCUCCAUAACUCUUGUGCCAUUUAUGAUCAUCACCGUUCUCAACACCAUGAUCAUCCGAAAGCUGUACAUGCGAUAUCGCCGCCACAAGCAGUGUAAUGUCAUCACAGAAGAGAGUAUCAUCAGGUUAGAGUUCACCAUCAUCCUUCUUGUGGUAUCAUUUGUUUUCAUCAUGCUUAAUCUCCCCUUCUUCUGUGUGUGGUGCAAACAAUUCCUCUUAUCCGCAUCGGAAGUGGUGAUCUUUCCGGGACUCCAAGGUUCUCUGCUCAUAACCAGAGUCAUAUUCUACAUGAACUAUUGCAUUAACUUCUUCCUGUACAGCAUAACUGGGGCCUACUUCAGACAAGAACUGAGGAUGUUGUUCGUUUACAGGAAUAAAAGAUACAUGGAAUACGGAAGAUACUCUCGGAACAAUUCAAACACACCCACGCCUCAGUCUUGGGUUUGACAAAGUGUCUAUUUGUUUGCGUCCUGUUCGUGUUGUGCAA